AUGCUACACGGUGUGAUCUGGCGUAGAAAAACGGUUUUAGUUGACUCCAAGUUACGAAUAUUUAAGGCAUGUGUGCUGCCAGUUCUCAUUUAUGGGAGUGAAGUCUGGUCCACAACUGUCGUUCAAGAAAGUCGUACCAAGACAUUCUAUAUGAAGUGUCUGAGAACAAUCUUAGGUCUAAACCUUGGAGACCGUGUUCCAAACGAGAAAAUCUUGGAUCUCUCUGGACAACCAUCGAUCGACCUACUUCUACGACGAAAUCGUUUACGUUGGUUUGGACAUGUAAAUAGAAUGGUCAACGUGCAGAAUGAGCCUAGUCUGCUCAAGAACGUCAUGUUUUCGUAUUUCCCCAAUGCCAAACGACCACCAAAUGCUGGUACACGAAAACGAUGGGAAAAGAAGAUCAUGGAAGAUCUUGAGAAGUCUGGUGUUAAGAACUGGAGGCGCGACACACUCAACAGAGACUUGUGGAGAGAUCUGAUCAAUGCACAAGUUCAAUCUAAAUCUGUUCACCCGCAACUGAAACAGCUUGUUAAGAACUACAAAGAUAAAGCGGAUGAACGAAGGGCUAUACAAACACAAAUCAGUCAAGAAAAUCCACCCAAGAAAGUCAUUGAAGUUCUAGUUAAAAAUAUGAACGGCCUGUACACGUGUCCGGAUUGCAACAGAGCCUUCAAACCACAAGGAAUUACCGGACAUGCACGAACGUGUGCAAAGAAGUGGUGUAAAAAGAACAAUAUCAUUGGUUGUAAAUGUACGACUUCAACUCAAAUUACUGUAACUUUGUGA